CGACAUGCAUACUAAUACCUACUACUAUGUUCAUUUCCAGGGAGGUAUGUGAAGUGUAUGUCCAAGAAAUGGAAAAACUAUCUUACAAAUUACUGGAGCUCAUCUCUCUCAGCUUAGGCUUGCCUGCAAAUAGGUUGAAUGGUUUCUUUAAUGAAGACCAAACUAGUUUUGUUAGGUUGAAUCACUACCCUCCUUGUCCUAUCCCUCAUCUGGCUUUAGGAGUUGGUAGACAUAAGGAUGCUGGGGCUCUCACUAUACUUGCUCAAGAUAAUGUUGGAGGACUUGAAGUAAAGAAUAAAGAAGAUGGAGAAUGGAUUAGAGUCAAACCCACUCCUAAUGCUUAUAUUAUAAAUAUUGGAGACCUUAUCCAGGUUUGGAGCAAUGAAGAAUAUGAAAGUGUGGAACAUAGGGUGAUGGUGAACUCUGAAAGAGAAAGGUUUUCAAUUCCAUUCUUCCUCAACCCAGCACACUAUACAUGGGUCGAGCCCUUGGAGGAGCUGGUGACUGAGAAAAAUCCUGCAAAAUAUAAGGCAUAUAACUGGGGGAAUUUUUUCACAAUGCGGAAGGACAGCAAUUUCAAGAAGCAUGAUGUUGAAAACAUUCAAAUUUAUCAUUUCAGGGCUUGAAACAAAUCAUUAUUCUGCCUAACAUACAUUGUCUGAAUGUGUUGCAUACAUGAGAGAUUUACUGUAGUAAGAGAUUUACUACAGUAAUGCUAUAAUCUGUCGUAAGAGAUUUACUUUUACGCAUAAGAGAUAUGUCGUUAGAGAUCUGAAAAGGAGCAUAAUAUACAAAUAGCACCGAUUUUAUAUCCGUUACUAGCGACACUUCACAAUCUGUAGCAAAUCUGUUUAGGAAUCUACUAUUGGUAAAAUCUUCUGCUUAAUCUAUGCUACUGUAAUUUGAACUUUAACUAUUGUAAAUAUGUGUUUUCUCAGCUUUUGUGUA